AUGAAAUGUGAUGAUAUCUACACUCGGCAAGGACGGCAAACUUCAAAUUCAUUGGGGAAGAUUGGUGUCAUAGAUUCCGGUGGGUUCAACGAGGCUGCUGGAUGCACACCUACCUUCAGUAAAGGUAUGCUGGUCUCCAGAGGAACUUGUACUAGUGACAAAUGUACCUACCGUUUAGUGGAUCUCCUUGAGCUAAAGACCAGGAAGGAAAAGUUGCUGAUCGAGAUGAUCUGGGGUACUCCGCAUUCCGUCCUCGUUCAAGACUCUCCCUCUUUGACAAAUUGGGAGAUCCGAACACGGCAUGGAUCAACGAGAACUAGUCGAGAACAAAAAUGGGCAAUGGGCAUGUCUCAAUGUCUAUGGCCCUGUGAUGCCACUGAGGGCAUGAUGCUUUAA